AUGGCUGUUACUCUAGACAUAUUAUUCCCCAAUACUACGCCAUGGACCUCGGGCCAUCGCAAACACGGGCAUCUUCCCAUCUUCGAGAGCGGCCAAGGCGUUAGAGGGACAGUUGUUGUGUCGUCGAAAGACCAGAGAGCUCCGAUAUCUGGCAUAGUGAAAAUAGCCUUAGAAGGCGCCGUGUCGAACAAAUACGGCCAGCAAAUCCCCUCAUCGCUGCAUAUCAGUUUCUCGCCAGCGAGUCAUCGGACUGCGGUCUCAUGUUCUAAGGGAACCUGCAAUAUCGACUACCGAAUACGCGCGCAGUUCCUAAUUGCAGGGCACUGCGUGGUGGAAACGACUCGGCCGUUCACAUUGUGGGCUUCGCAGGGACGGCAACCACCAGUUUGUACCGAAGACUUCCCCGGAGAAUACCAACUUUCUGCCUUGAAGACUUUCCGUAGUCCGUUACUCCAACCGGCUGGGAAACUUCACGUUUAUAGCCACGAGCCACCGCCUCUUGAAUUUUCGCCGGAGAAAGAGGGCGCCGCGACAUCAGUACGAUUGCGGCUUCGAUAUGGAUCGCCGAAGAACGGCGGCGCCAUGCGAAUACCUCCGCCACGGUUCUAUGGCAUCGUUCGCUCGAAUCUUAAGGCCAGCACAUUUAUCUCUAUUCAACCACAACGACGAUCACCAGCGACGUGUGAUGCUGCCGCCUUUCCGUUCACCUUCGAAACGCGCAAGUCCUACCCAAGCCAGCUGAGGAAGAUUUGCUUUCCUCGUUGGACACUAUCAGAAAUGGGUACUGAGAGUAUCUGGGAAAGUGAGGCAGAAAUGACAUUCAAGUGCCACAAUCCUGCAUAUCUAACACCAUCAUUUUCUUCCAUGCUUGUCUCCAGAAGAUACAGUCUGAAAAUAUAUAUGGUUAUUUCCGGGCACGGCCACGCUGCGGUUAAGCUGGAGCUCCCAAUCCAGGUAGUCUACACAGGCAGGAGGUUUCUACCGUCGCAAGGAAUCAUGCAUACUGGUGGCCCUGCAGAGGAUACGCCACCAGCAUAUAGUCCGUAA